AUGACGGCUGGAGGCUUCAGAGCUUCAGGCGCCAUCAGGGCCGCUCUGUCCACGCUCUCCCACGACUUCAGACGCACCGGGAUCAAACGCGUGCUCGACUCCGCUGAAAUCAAGUUUAAACCCCGCCCUUACACAAUGGGCGUGUCCACAGUGGGGGCACCGACCCCAUUGGAUGACAGCGUGAAUAGGACCGGUGCUGGAAUGAUCCAGUCUCUACCGGCUGUGGACACUGGUUCUGCAGACAGUGCAUCUCCUCAUACUGGGACCAGUCUGCUUCAUCAGGAGACUCCUCCUGUCCCCAGUGUGGAAAAAGAUCCAGAACCAGAGCUGGACUGCAGACGGCCAAAGGUUUUAGAUGAACAUAAGAUCAGUCUGAGGAGGAGAUGUGAAAGUGUGACUGAAGGAAGUGAUGAAACAGGAAGUAGAACCCUCCUCAACAGGAUCUACACUGAGCUCUACAUCACAGAGGGACAGAGUGAAGAGGUUCAUACCCAGCAUGAGGUGAGGCAGCUGGAGACAGCUUCCAAGAUGGACGCCCUCCAUGACGCUCCAAUCAGGUGCCAGGACAUCUUUAAAGCCUUCCCUGACCAACAGAGACCCAUCAGAGUGGUUCUGACCAACGGCGUCGCUGGUGUUGGAAAAACCUUCUCAGUGCAGAAGUUCACUCUGGACUGGGCAGAGGGCUUGGAGAACCAACACAUCAGUGCGGUGGUUCUGCUUUCAUUCAGGGAGCUGAACCUGGUCAGAGAUGAGCAGUACAGUCUCCUGGAGCUGAUCCAUGUUUUCCAUCCAACAUUACAGAGCGUCACAGCAGAGCAGCUCACUGUGUGUAAUCUUUUGUUCAUCUUUGAUGGCCUGGAUGAAAGCAGACUUUUGUUGGAUUUCACCAACAGGAAGCUUGUGUCUGAUGUCACACAGAAGUCAUCAGUCAGCGAGCUGCUGACAAACCUCAUCGAGGGGAAUCUGCUUCCCUCGGCUCUCGUCUGGAUAACUUCCCGACCUGCAGCAGCCAGUCAGAUCCCUCCUACAUGUGUUGACAGGCUAACAGAAGUGCGAGGCUUCACUGAUGCCCAGAAGGAGGAGUACUUCAGGAGGAGAUUCAGAGAUGAAGAGCUGUCCAGCACAAUCAUCUCCCACAUGAAGACAUCCAGGAGCCUCCACAUCAUGUGUAGUAUCCCAGUCUUCUGCUGGAUCACUGCUACAGUUCUGGAGCACAUGUUGACUACAGAGGAGAGAGCAGAGCUGCCCAAGACCCUGACUGACAUGUACUCACACUUCCUGCUGGUUCAGACAAAGAGGAAGAAGAACAAGUACCAUGAGGGACAUGAGACGAGUCCACAGGAGCUGAUGGAGGCUGACAGGAAAGUUCUUCUGAAGCUGGGGAGGCUGGCGUUUGAACAUCUGGAGAAAGGGAACAUCAUGUUCUACCAAGAAGACUUGGAGCAGUGUGGUCUGGAUGUCACAGAGGCCUUGGUGCACUCAGGAGUUUGUACAGAGAUCUUCAAAAGAGAGUCUGUGAUCUUCCAGAAACCAGUUUACUGCUUUGUUCAUCUGAGCAUUCAGGAGUUUCUGGCUGCAGUCUACAUGUUCCACUGUUACACCAACAGGAAGUCAGAGGUGCUGAAGGACUUCCUGGGAAAAACAUGCAAGAAGUCAUCUCUGGAUGAUUUUCUCAAGCUAAUCAUAAAGAAAUCCAUCCAGAGUAAAAAUGGCCUCCUGGACCUGUUUGUUCGCUUCCUUCAUGGCCUCUGUCUGGAGUCCAACCAGAGACUCUUAGGAAGUCUGCUGGGUCAGACAGAGAACAGUCCAGAAACCAUCCAGACAGUCAUCAACAACCUGAAGAAGAUGAACAGUGGUAAAAUCUCUCCUGACAGAAGCAUCAACAUCUUCCACUGUCUGAUGGAGAUGAACGACCUCUCAGUACAUCAGGAGAUCCAAGAGUUCCUGAAGUCAGAGAACAGAUCAGAGAAACUCUCUGAGAUCCAGUGCUCAGCUCUGGCCUUCAUGCUGCAGAUGUCAGAGGAGGUUCUGGAUGAGUUUGACCUGCAGAAGUACAACACAUCAGCAGAGGGACGACGUCGACUGACUGCAGCUGUGAGGAACUGCAGAAAGGCUCGAUUGUAUAAGUGUGGACUCUCAGAGACUCACUGUGAAGUUGUGGCCUCAGCCCUGAAGUCCAACCCCUCCCAUCUGACAGAGCUGGACAUGAGUAAGAACGACCUGCAGGAUUCAGCAGUGAAGCUUCUGUGUGCUGGACUGGAGAGUCCAAAUUCCUAA